CUGAUAUGCCGUUGAUUGACGCGGCUUCUGUUGUUGAUGAUGAUGAUGAUGUGAUAGAUGCCACUCUUGAGCCGCCCCAUCCAGUUGAAAUGCCGUCGCUUGACGCGGCUUCUGUUGUUGUUGAAGAUGAUGUGAUGGGUGCCACUCUCGAGCCGCGCCAUCCAGUUGAAAAGCCAUCGCCAGCGGAUGGUAUUUUCGAACUUGUCGAGAUUGAUUCUGGUUCCGAUUUUGAGUCUAGCCCUUCCAAGUCCUCGAAUACAUUCGGCCACGAUUCGGCUAUCAUGCCCAAGUCUUUGAAACGUGCCGCACCCGAAUCCGAAGAUCCGGUCUAUCCUUCAAAGAGAUCCGAGACCCGAGCUCCGGUGGUUUCUACCCCCAUUCGCCUCCGCGGCUCAUGGUUGCGUAAAAUGUUUCCAGCUCCUCUCUUGAACAGUCACGCAGUCGCAGAGGCAAAGAAAGCCUAUCUUGCAGGAGAUCCCACGCGACUCAAGCACAUCAACUACAUGAGAAUGGCACAUCGUUACCUACCCGUUCCUAUUCCUUCGAUCGAGGUGAAGGAGACUGCUAGCGAAAAACCCAAGAUCACGCAGCCUGAAGAGGUGAAAACGAAGAGUAUUUUGAAGACCAGCAGCAGCGCCGUGGCCUCAUCUUCGAAGUCUUCUGUGGUCGAUGCGACUACCAUCAGCUUUUCCGAUGCCAGUCAUGAAAAGCAUACGCCAAAGCCGAAGCCCUCCCGCAGGGUCCACUUCCCAAAUUCGCCUGUGACUGGUGAGCGUAUCAUAACACCUCGGAACGCGCCGCCAGCCUUACGGACACCGUCACCGCCACCACGAAGGGCAGCAAUUGGACAUCUCCGUCAUCUUCUUGAUGCACACGCGAGAAAUAUCCUUUCCAGCGAAGACACCGAUGUUAAAGCUAUUACCGACGAAGAGCAGAAGGAGAACAUCGCUCCUAAGGCUCAUGAUACCACGUCCCGCGAUAUGAUGAGUACUGAAGUUACGUCCCACGAUUUGAUGAGCACUGAACGCGAUAUGUUGAGUAAUGAGUACAUGAGAACCAAAGACACGAAUAUCGAACAUGUGAAUACCAAUCAGACGACUGCGGAUGAAGUGAUCAGCCAUGAAGGUACAUCUGAUAUUGCACAGGAAAGCAACACGCUCUCGCAGGAUCCCUCUACACAGGAGGCAGAGCAACACCCCUUGGGUCGUGCGGUUUCUGCGGUAAGCAUGUUCUAUCCUACCCUUUCACCUAUCCCGGUUGGCAGGACUGAGUCUCUUCUUGCCAAAAGCUGGAGAGCGACAGUGGCGGAAAACGAGGGGAAAGAGGGAAAAAGAAGCGGGCAGAGCCAGCAACGCACACCCGCAAGAAUCCUCCUAGAGCGGCCCGCAGUGCGACCCCUAAGCGCUAAGUGGAUCAAACGUCUUGAAGACACUAUGGCUGGGCCACCGUCAAGGAAGGUCGCCACUACACUUUCGGGAGAGACAUUGACAACACGAGAUCUGGCAACCUGUUAUACGCCGUUGGAGUGGCUGAACGACGAAGUGAUCAACGCGUACAUGGCAUUAAUUAUCGACUACUUGCGAAGAACCAACAACAACUCUGGGAGACAUGACAAGCCGCGAUACCACGCAUUCAAUUCUUUUUUCUUUUCCAAUUUGCGAGACAAGGGAUACGAGUCUGUCCGCAGGUGGGCGACACGGGCCAAGAUUGGAGGCGAGGCCCUCCUCAACGUCGACACGGUGUUUGUGCCCAUCCAUGACAAAUAUCACUGGACACUCAUCGUGGUCAAGCCGUGCGAUCGCACCAUCGAACAUUUCGAUUCCCUUGGAGGGCUCAACAAGCGCCAUGUUAAUCUCAUCAAAACAUGGCUGGGGGGGGAACUGGGGGAGGGAUUUGUGGAGGCGGAGUGGAAGGUGCUGCCGUCCCUGUCUCCCCGGCAAGACAACGGGUCCGACUGUGGUGUCUUCCUCCUGUCGACGGCGAAAGCCGUCGCCAUCAACCUGGAGCCCCAAUCCUAUGGGGCUCCAGACUCCCCACUACUGCGACAGAAAAUAGUGGGGGAGUUGAUGAAUGGAGGCCUGGACGGGGACUUCAAUCCUGUCCAGGGCCGGGGGGUCAUGCUGUGAGUGGUCGCGGUCAGCACUUCGACCGGCCACUUGGGGCGGGGAUGGCG